AUCAAAAAAAUUCUUCGUCGUGCCGAUGCUAUUGGCUCUAAAAUACAGAAUAUCAAAGUUCAAAGGAAGAGAUGAUACGAUGACAAUUUGUACAAAGACAGCUCAAAACCACCAGAUAAUGCAUCCGAUUGGACUAUAUCGACUGCGUAUCGUAAAGGAAGUUAAAGAGAAAAUGAGGUUCAAAGAAAUGAUGCAUUAUUUGAAGUAA